CUUGAUUAGGAAGAGAGAAGGAAAGGUUUGAACGUACCUCCCAUUUCCAUCCCGCGUUCCCCCCCCAGACCAACGGUCUCGGGGGAACGAAAGCAGGGGCAAAAUUAUUGCAUAUAUUCCCACCCGGCGGCACUUCGGAGCCACCCAGGGGAGCCGGCGGUGACGAUGUCAUGCUUGGUGUGCAUCAACACACAACACUUGGAGGAGUGUUGCUUGGUGCUUGCGAGCUUCCACAAUGAUUUCGGCCAUUAUUGGGGCAUUUCUGAGCAUGAAAUAGACUUGGAGAGGAUGUUGGGCCUGCUUUGCAAGGACCUGCCGCACCUCCAAGGACGACUGCGCCGGCAGCAGGCAUAUGCAGGCAGCUGGAGUGCUCUUGAGAUCACGGCGGAAGCUUGCUUCCUUCACUGCAUGUUCUUCAUUGGCAUCACCACAUCUUCUGGCAUCACUUUUGUGCUCCAUCGCGGUGAUAGCACGUCUUCUUCAACCAUGCCUGCUCUUGAUGCGAGCUACAGGUCAGCAGACGCGCCCGUCGCACGCCCGCACCACCUCUGCGCAGCUGUGGCGACUGCUGAACGCGAUGCCACAACCCGCGAUGGCGCCGAGAUGAGAGUUGGCCUUCGUCAAAGCACCACUGACGAUCACCAUGCCGGACAUCGCGUCGAAGAUGCCUCACUGCUGGCCAUAGAAGAGCAUCGUGAGCGCUCUGGCACUGGAAUCGACCACAACGAGCGUCGAAGGCAUCUUCGAUCAUCUAGGACCGAGUACGACAACAUCCUGGGCCACGAACAGCUCCGUGGACGUUGUCAACGCGUCCAGUGUGGUCAAGUGUGACAUUCCGCCCGCAUCCCUUGCUUCGGCAAUUCGCCCUCCCCGGCUGAACGGCUCAACACCUCGCAGACCACUUGUUGCGCAGUCCCCGCGCGUCAUCAGCUCCCCAACAGCCUAGACAAGACGGCAACCUCGACCGUGAACGGGAACAACCACAAGAUCGAGCCGGCAUGCGACGAACCACAACUUCGCGCGGCACCACCCCAACUCCUUCAACCGCAAAGCCGG